UCAGACAACGGAUGUGAUGUCAGACCGUUCGCAGUCCGGCAAUGGCGAGCUAGAGCCGAGGAAGGAAGAGGGAGAGAGAGUCAUUCGAAUCCGAUGCAAUCCUGCGUGCAGGCGGCCAGAAUGACAAUAAAACCCGGUGGAGCAUAAUCUACGGCAUUUAACGUGUCGUCUGGUGCGGAUAUUGUCGGGGUGCGUUUGGAAAGGAGCGAGAAAAGUGUUGGUGAAAAUCCCUCUGUCAGAGAGACUGAGAACAGACAGACACACAGAGGGAGAGAAAUAGAGUUUCCCUGAGUAACCAGGUUAAAAUCAAACUCACACAGUGGGCACCGGGCGAAACCCAUCAUGGAGCUCAGAGUGGGAAACAGGUACCGACUCGGCAGGAAAAUCGGCAGCGGCUCCUUCGGAGAUAUUUACCUGGGAACUGACAUUGCUGCAGGAGAGGAGGUGGCCAUUAAGCUGGAAUGUGUGAAAACCAAACACCCACAGCUACAUAUUGAGAGCAAGAUAUACAAGAUGAUGCAAGGAGGUGUUGGCAUUCCCACUAUCAAGUGGUGUGGUGCAGAGGGCGAUUACAAUGUGAUGGUAAUGGAGCUGCUUGGACCAAGUCUCGAGGAUCUCUUUAAUUUCUGCUCCCGUAAAUUCAGCCUUAAGACAGUCCUGCUCCUCGCUGAUCAGAUGAUCAGCAGAAUUGAAUACAUUCAUUCGAAGAAUUUUAUCCAUCGCGAUGUGAAACCUGAUAAUUUCUUAAUGGGGUUGGGAAAGAAAGGCAACCUGGUCUAUAUUAUUGACUUUGGGCUAGCAAAGAAAUACCGGGAUGCACGAACGCACCAACAUAUACCAUACCGUGAGAAUAAGAACCUUACAGGAACAGCUCGAUAUGCUUCGAUCAAUACCCAUUUGGGAAUAGAACAAAGCCGUCGUGAUGAUUUGGAAUCCUUGGGCUAUGUUCUCAUGUACUUUAACUUAGGAUCAUUGCCUUGGCAAGGCCUAAAGGCAGCAACAAAAAGGCAGAAGUAUGAACGCAUUAGCGAAAAGAAAAUGUCAACGCCAAUUGAAGUGCUCUGCAAAGGUUACUCAUCUGAGUUUGCCACAUACUUGAACUUUUGCCGUUCGCUACGUUUUGAUGACAAACCAGACUACUCCUACUUGAGGCAAUUAUUUCGCAACCUCUUCCACCGCCAAGGCUUCUCCUAUGACUAUGUCUUUGACUGGAACAUGCUCAAGUUUGGAGCCAGCAGAGCUGCCGAUGACGAUCGCGAACGGAGAGAGCGAGAGGAACGAAUGAGGCACGGCCGAAAUCCAGCAGCACGGGGAUUACCUUCAACUGCUUCUGGAAGGCUUAGAGGAAAUCAGGAAGUGGCACCACAGACACCCCUCACACCCACGUCCCACACUGCUAACACAUCUCCACGCCCUGUCUCUGGUAUGGAACGGGAGCGAAAAGUGAGCAUGAGGUUACAUCGUGGCGCUCCUGUUAAUGUUUCGUCAACAGAUUUAACCGGACGUCAAGACACAUCACGAAUGUCAACAUCACAGAAUAGCCUCCCUUUCGAGCAUCAUGGCAUGUAGCUGGUCCAAAUGCACUGAAGGCAGCACUGGGAUAAAGAGAAAUGAAAUCCCAGCCCGGGUGACUUCCAGCGGCAUCCAUUCCACUGUUCCUCGAUGAAAAUGACUCACCAUGGAGGGUGGACAAUGCAUGGCUGAUGUCCCAUUCUAACCUUGAAACUUGUGACCCCCCCCUCCCCCCACCCCCACAAAGUAAACCAACAAAAUGAAGCUCUCGAUGCCUUUAACUUAAAUGCAGAAGGAAAACUUUUUUAAAAAUGUUUUCUUUAAGAACACCUUCGCAAGGAGAUCUUUUGCCUGACUGCAGUGUAAAAUACAAGUUAAAAGAUUGUGCCAGCUAUUUCAGUAGCAAGGGCUCUAAAGACGGUUUACAGAAUUGACCGCAUAUAGAAUAGAUAUCGCCAUCCCUUCUCCUUCCAUGAUUGGCAUUAUGUAGCCUUUUAUUACUCUACUGUACAACUGUAGACCUUUACUUGGUUUAAAUAUUUUGUAACAGCCUGCUAAAAUUGAAAGCAGAAUCUAUGUAGAUAAGUAGAAUGUUGUCCUGCUUUUAUGUAUGUGAUGCUCUUAUCGGUUUGAGAAUUGAAAUGGAGAUUGAUUGACUUGAAAUUCCCUAGCAAUAGGGUUGGAAAUGUGUGUUUGUGAAUUUAAAAGCAGCUGAUUUUAUUUAAAGCUUUCUCCAGUCUUUUGUAUUAAACUUGAGUUUAAAAAUGUUUCCUUCUUUGGUAGCACACUGUACCAAUUAAUGUUUUUGAAUUAUUAUUUAGGUUGUUUGUGCACUUUUAACUUCCACAUUUUAUUUUUUUAUCCUAAUAAAAACUGAACACUGGUGCCAGUAGCCGUUUUCUAUCUUGUGGCAGAGGCUGCCAACAUACCAGGCAGAAGCAAUGACGAGUAACAUGGCAGUGCCAAAGUCCAACAGAAAAUGUGACCAUAAAAAUCAAAAUGUGGAAGAAUAAAGUAAAAAUUAAUGGUAAAGCUGUGUUUUGGUGACAGUUAUUUUUAAAACUACCGUGUCUGAAUAGUGUUAGGACCAAGUUUGCUCUUGGGAUUCCCCAACCUAAGGAGUUAUAGCAUCUCCAUUAAUCACUUAGGAGUAGAAAAGGCUUUUUAAACAAAAAGCUCUGAAGGACUUGUACAGUAAAAAUGUGAAUUCUGCCAUUAGCCUGGAGCGGCUAAUGAAUAUAUACAUUCCAAUGCGCAUGCUUCAAGAUAUACUUUAUUUUAAAAUGUUUAAAUGUGGUAUUAUUGAAUCCAGAUUGGAGGUUUUUAUUGAAAGCUGACUGGAAUUCAGCCAAAAAUCAUAACUUGGUUGCCAUGUACAGCUUCCAGGUAGCACACUUGAGGGAAUGGAAGAAGUCGGACUUGUAUAUGUUUCAUCAGAUGCUCAGCUCAUCUGUUUUUAUGAAUCACCCACACUUGCAUUUCUCAUCAGUUUCUUGGGAGGUAACAUGAAAGGGCUGCUGGCUAAAUGUCAGAAAUGCCUUACUAUUGAUGCAUGCGCACUGACAUGUUGAACAGGAACACAGCUACACCUGGCAUUACUGUAUUAAGGCUCUUUCCUUCAUUUCAGUAGCUAUGUGAGAUUAAUUUUGUAAAUGUUUGUGGUUAAAUUAUUUUUUCCCAUAAGAUUUGUCAGAGCAAACUUGAAGAUAAAUGUUUCCUUCUCACAGCCAAUACAUCAAACUGGUGGUGCCUCCAAGAUACCAGGCUCUUCCAAUUUUUAUUUCAAGUAAAUGAACCACAGUGACCUUGGAUGGCUGAUUUUCCCCUCUUGUAGAAUGUCUGUGUAUAUCCUGUGUAAUGGUAACAGAAUACUGGUAACCUAUUUGUAUUGCAGCUGUAUUUGUGUACUUUAAAAAUGUAAAUAAAUUCAUAAUGACUUGUAUUGGGUUCUUUUUUGCUGUAAAAUUCCAAGUUGGGGCAUCUUGUAAUUAAAGCAUUGAAUAUUUGA